GACUCCAUGUCCAACUAUGAGCAGGUGAUCAGACAGGUGCAUUACCACAACUGGUACCCCGCCCAGACCCCAGACAGGAAGUUCCGUCUCACCUGCUCCGAGCUCAACGGACGCUACACCAGCAAUGAGUACACCCUGGAGAUCAGUGUACUCCACAAAUCAGAGGCUGGGGAGCAUGUCAAUCACAUGGUAGCCCCGCCCCAGUACAUGCAAGUGGUUCAUCAUCCGGCCAUGGUCCACAGUCUAUACCCCACACRCGGUUCAGGAGUCCCCAGUGCUGCCACAGUGGUGAUAGUGAUCUGUAUCGCCGCCCUGGUGGUGGUGGUUGUGCUAGGCAUCUACCGUAUUCACCUGACACACCAACAGGAGGGCAGGAGCUCAGACACAACCAAGGAGGGAGAGCUGGACUGGGACGACUCAGCGCUCAAUAUCACAGUCAAUCCUAUGGAGAGUUUCCAGGAGCCCCAGGAAGCUGAGGAAGAGGCCAGUGAGGAGGAGGAGGAAGAUGAAGAGGAUGACAUCACCAGCACAGAGUCAGACGACAGCGAGGAGGAGGAGGUCCCAGGAGCUCACAGGGUACAACAGAGCAGCAAGAGGGGCCAGCUGGACUGGGACAACUCUACAAUUAAUUGUUUUUGA